CGCUCUGCCGACCCAAAUCCGUAAACGAAACCCUCACCGCAGCCCGCUACUCUCUCCGUCACGAUCACCAGCUUCAGGAACCUCGGCCGCCCUGCCGGCCCCGCGGCUCCAUGCUCAGGACGAUGGUGUCGCAGCUGGUCAAGCACGAGCGCAUCGAGACCACGGUCGCGAAGGCGAAGCAAGUCCGGCGAAUUGCUGAUAACAUGGUGCAGCUGGGGAAGGAUACACUUCAUGCUGCAUGUGUGCUGCUGCUUUUGUUCGUGGUGAUGAUGUUCUUCAUAAAUUGUUCACAGAGCUUGCUUAUCGCUACAAGUAAAUGUUUGAUCUAUUCACCUUGUUUUGCCUGUUCCGUUGCUAGAUUCGGUGAAAACUUUGUUAUCAAUAUAAGGGACUGAGUAGGCGGAUAUACAAGAUUGCUUUGAACAUUCAUACGAAUGGGGGAUGCUGCGCCAAUGGCAUAUAUCAAGUAAAGUUUUUUUUCUUGAUUUGCUCAUCUGAGAAAUUAUUUUAGUGUCAAUAUUAAGCACAUGGUGUUUUCACUUCUUGUUCUUGUAUUGUUCAUUCUCACACCAUAUAAACGUAUGAAUAUGUGUCCUGCAUGAUA